AUAAAUAGAGUAUGUAUCAAAUUUACUCAUCAACUAUCUCCUGCCCAUAAUUCUAUUUAUAACAAAGCUAUCAUUUCUUUUUACAAAAUAAAACAUUUCAAAUUAUGAUUUCUUUAAUAAUACAAUAUCCUGAAAUCUUGAUUGCUCUUUUUUGCUUCUUUUUUACAUGUUUCUUAACAAGAAAUGGUCUUCCAGGGAAUUGGCCUAUCCUUGGAAUGUUACCAAGUCUUCUAAUUCACGUCCAUAGACUUCACCAUCGUUGUGUUGAUCUAAUGAAACAAUCAAAUUGCACCUUUCUAUUCAAAGGUCCAUGGUUUGCUAACAUGGAUUACUUAAUUACCGUUGAUCCGGCUAAUAUUCAAUAUGUUAUGAGCACGAACUUCACAAAUUAUCCUAAAGGCGAAGAAUUUCUUAAUAUUUUUGAGUUUUUAGGAGAUGGAAUCUUUAAUUCUGAUGGAGAUUUAUGGAAGUUCCAAAGAAAAAUUACGCAAUCAUUGAUUAAUCAUCGAAAAUUCUUUCGAUUUUUAGUUAAGGUUACGUAUGAUAAGGUGCAAAAAGGGUUAGUACCUAUACUUCAAGAUGCAUAUAAAGAUGGGCUUGUUAUAGACUUGCAAGAUGUUUUUCAAAGGCUUACCUUUGAUACUACUUGCUUGUUGGUUAGUGGACAUAACCCCGGUUGUUUGUCUCUUGAUUUCCCGGAUGUACCUUUUUCUAAGGCUCUUGAUGAUGCCGAGGAGGCCGUAGCAUACCGACAUGUCUUGCCGGAAAAUUUUUGGGAGUUUCAAAAGUGGUUAGGUUUAGGACAAGCCGCGAAGCUAAGCCAAGCCUGGAAAGUCCUCGAUCACUUCAUUGAUAAAAUUAUAUCAAAGAAGCGGGAUGAAUUAUCGUUGAAUGUUGAAAAAGAAGAAGAAGAAGAAGGGAUCGAUCUCUUAACAUCAUUUCUAAACCAAAGUGUUGAGACAACUGCAUUCAAUACUAAAAACGGCAAGUUUUUAAGAGAUACAAUUUUAAAUCUUAUGUUAGCAGGACGAGAUACAACCAGUUCAGCUCUUACUUGGUUCAUUUGGCUAAUAACACAAAAUCCCCAAGUGGAAGAAAAGGUAAGAAAUGAACUAAAACAAACAUUAAACAAAAACAAUAAUAAUAACAAUAAUAAAUGGCAUGUUUUCCAAAUAGAAGAAAUCAACAAGCUAACAUAUCUACAUGCAACAUUAUGCGAGUGUCUAAGGUUAUAUCCACCAGUACCAUUCCAACAUAAAUCUCCAAUAAAUUCGGACACAUUACCAAGUGGGCAUAACGUGACCCCAAAAAACAAAAUAAUAUUUACGUUAUAUGCAAUGGGAAGAAUGAAAGGGAUAUGGGGUCAAGAUUGCUUAGAGUUUAAACCCGAAAGAUGGAUUACGGAACAAGGAAAAAUAAAAUAUGAGGCACCCUAUAAAUUUUUAAGUUUCAAUGCGGGUCCCAGGAGUUGUCUAGGGAAGGAUGUGGCGUUAACUCAACUGAAGAUGGUUGGUGCAACAUUGAUACAUAAUUAUAAGUUCAAAGUGGUUGAUGGUGGAGAAAAUGCAGAACCAGAUUUAUCAGUCAUACUUCAUAUGAAGCAUGGUUUAAAGGUUAAUGUUAUUAACAGAUGGAGCAGUAAUAAUAAUAAUAAUAGUACUUGAUAGUUACUUGACAUAAUAUAUAUAUGGUUUUAUGAUGAAUUUGUAGUACAUAGCUAGAUUUUUUUUUUUAAUAAAAAUUGUGUGGAUUAUGAUGAAAUAUAAUUA